AGCCAGCCGCUCGCUAUCAUAGCGUGAGAGAGGCCUUGCCGCAUUGCCGUGUUAAACUUUGUUUUCGGAGAGAAAGAUUCUGGAUCUGUGAUUGUUAAGUAGCCCAGUUGUCAAAUUCGGUCGAAAUGUCUGUCAUCGGCAUUGAUUUUGGUAACGACUCGUGCUACAUUGCGGUCGCCAGAGCCGGUGGUAUUGAAACCAUCGCCAAUGAUUACAGUCUGAGAGCUACCCCGUCAUGUGUAGCGUUCAGCCAGAAAAACAGGAUUCUGGGCGUCGCGGCCCAGAGCCAGAUAGUCACCAACAUGAAGAAUUCGGUGUACUGCUUCAAAAGACUUUUGGGCCGCAAAACCAACGACCCUCUCCUGCAGUAUGAGAAGAAGUUCCUCCAUUACAACAUCGAAAGCGGUCCAAAUGGGGAAAUCGGCAUCAGGGUGCACUACCGUGAGAAGGAGCAAACCUUCACUGUGGAGCAGAUCACAGGCAUGCUCUUUACCAAGCUGAAGGACAUUGCUGAGAAGGGACUGCAGACUAAAGUCAACGACUGUGUAAUCUCGGUCCCCUCUUUCUACACAAGCUAUGAAAGGCAGGCCAUCCUGAGCGCCGCCGCCAUCGCAGGGCUAAAUGUGUUGAGACUGAUGAAUGAGAAUCUGGCGACUGCCUUGUGCUAUGGCAUCUACAAGCAGGACAUGCCUGAAGCUGAUGAAAACGCUCGAAAUGUGGCGUUUGUCGAUUGGGGCCACUCUUCUUUCCAAGUGUCCAUCGCGGCCUUUGUCAAGGGAAAACUGAAGAUGCUAUCGUGUGCUGGAGAUGGCCAGUUAGGAGGAAGGGACAUUGACAUGAUCCUUGCUGAGCAUUUUAGUGACGAAUUUGUGUCAAAAUACAAAAUCAAUGCGAGAACGAAUGGCAGAGCAAUGUUGCGGCUGCUGACUGCUGUUGAGAAGUUGAAGAAGCAGAUGUCUGCCAACUCCACCAACCUGCCACUCGCUAUUGAAUGCUUCAUGGAUGACAUUGAUGUCAAGUCUGAUAUGAAGAGAGAUGACAUGGAGAAAUUGUGCAGUCACCUCUUCACUAAAGCAGAAAACGUGAUGAGAAGAUGUCUUGAAGAAUCAGGUUUGCAAGUGAAAGACAUCCAUUCUGUUGAGAUCGUGGGAGGCUCAAGCAGACUGCCUGCUCUCAAGAACCUGAUUCAGAAAGUAUUUGGACAUCAGCCAAGCACCACUUUGAAUCAAGACGAAGCUGUUGCCAGAGGAUGCGCCCUGCAGUGCGCUCUGCUUUCCCCUGCUGUCCGCGUUCGGGACUUCAACAUCACUGAUAUUCAGAUGUUCCCUGUCUACCUUGCAUGGGACCCUGAAGUCGGAGAGGGCACAAGUGAAUUGGAAGUGUACCCGCACAAGCAUGUGGUCCCCUUUGUGAAGAUGCUGACCUUCUACCGCAGCGCACCAUUUGCACUCCGUGCAUUUUACAAAGGCCCCUUACCAUAUCCAGACCCAAAUAUUGGCGUGUACAAGAUUCAUAAUGUUCAGCCUAAUGCCGCUGGUGAAAGCCAGAAGAUCAAAGUGAAAGUGAAAAUGUCCCUCCAUGGUACAUUUGCCAUCAGCUCGGCUGCCAUGCAUGAGACAGUCAUUGAACCAGCUGGUGCCCCUGAACCUAUGGAAGUUGAUAAUCAGGAAGCAGCCACACCUGAGGAUAAGCAGGAAGGUGCUCCUCCUGCUGGCGAGACUCCGCCAUCCAAACCUCAGGACGAUAAUGAAGCUCCCAAAGAGGAGAAGAAGGAAAGGAAAAGGACCAUUACAACUGACUUGCCUGUGCAGACCAUUUCUGGCAGCCUGAAGGCUGAAACUGUUGACAAUUUCCACAAACUAGAGGUUCAAAUGAUCAAUGACGACCUCAACGAGAAUGAACGCAUAGACGCCAGGAAUGCUCUGGAAGAGUUUGUCUACGAACUGAGAAGUCAGCUGGGCAGUGAAGAUUGUUUGGCCAACUAUGUCAAGGAGGAUGAGCUCUCUUCUCUGUUAGUUGCACUUGAAAACAUGGAAACCUGGCUUUAUGAGGAUGGAGAGAAUUGCGAAAAGCAGGAUUACUCAAACCGUCUCUCAGACCUCAAGUCCAAAAGCGACCCUAUAAAGCAGAGGAAGCUGGAAUUUGAAUGCUUCCCCAAGAUAUUUGAGGAAUUCAGCCGCUCCAUCAUGCUUGCUGAGAAGACGGCGAGUCUGGCCAAGUCUGGUCACGCAGACUAUAGCCAUUUCACCCCUGAUGAAGUCAAGUCGGUUGAUGAAGCGGUGCAAAGUGCAGUCGCUUUCAUGGAGGACAAACGAUGCCUGCUGGCCAAGGCGUCAAAAACCAGUGAUCCUCCAGUCACUGUCAGCGUUCUGCAGGCAGAAAGAAAGCUCUUUGACUCGAAAGUGAGUGUUCUUAAAAAGCCAAAGCCUCAGCCACCUGCUGCUGAAGCACCUAAAGAGAACAACACCAACAACAAAGAUCAGAGUGCAAGCCAGGAUGGCAAUGCUGAUGGCGGGGAGGCGAUGCAGGCGGAGUAAACGGCGAUUCGGUUUUUGCAGCAUUAUUUGAUUCACUUCAUUUCCUUGUUUUCAUAUCUGCUGCUGUAACUAAAACAAUUUUUUGUCACGAUUCUAAAAAUUGCACUAAUUUUUCGCCUUCUGUGACUCAUUUCAAACUAUGCUGCUUUGAAGACCAGUUGAAUAAAUAUUAAGCAUAUUUAGUGUGAAACAAA